UGUUGCAGCUUCAUUUCUCUUAUGAUUUCUUUUUGUAGCGUUGAACUUUAGUUACUAACACAUUUUUAAAAUUGCACUGUAGAAAACGAGGGAAAGCAUUUGCCUUCAACUUUACAAAGAAAUACUAAAUAAACUAUUGAUUAAAGCAACGUUCUGGAUAGAAGAAAUAGUUUUUGUUGAGCAAAGUGAAGUAAAUAAGCUUUAAGAAUGCCCUUGAUAAAAAGCAAACUACCUGUUCCUUUUCCAGAGGGAGAGAUUCUCACAGAUACAAGUCGAAAAAGGUGGAAAUUGGGUAAAAUGAUUGGACAAGGAGGAUUUGGACGAAUAUACUUAGCCUCUCCCCAUUGUGAUGUACCUGUAGAUGUUGAUAAUGCAGCACAUGUCAUUAAAGUGGAGUACCAUCAAAAUGGACCUUUGUUUUGUGAACUGAAAUUUUAUCAAAGAGCUGCAAAACCAGAGAAUAUACACAGUUGGAAGAUCAGACGUAAUCUCGAUUACUUGGGAAUUCCCACAUACUGGGGAUCAGGUGAUUAUGAGUUCAAAUCCUUGAGUUACAGGUUUAUGGUAAUGGACCGAUUGGGUGCGGAUCUACAAAAAAUAUUAAAUGAUUGCAAGGGGAAAUUACAUGGAACAACCGUUAUGCAAUUGGGUAUUCAAUUGAUGGAUGCAUUGGAGUUUAUACAUGAAAAUGAAUAUGUACAUGGUGAUAUCAAAGCAGCAAAUGUUCUUUUUGACUGUGCUAACCCAAAUAAGGUUUAUCUUGCAGAUUAUGGACUUUCUUACAGAUACUGCCCCAAUGGGAACCACAAACUGUACGAAGAAAAACCAAGAAAAGGCCCCAAUGGGACAAUAGAAUUUACCAGCAUAGAUGCACACAAGGGAGUCGCCCCUUCCAGGCGAGGGGACCUAGAAAUCCUUGCUUACUGCAUGCUGAACUGGUUAUGUGGGAAGCUGCCCUGGGAUCACAAUCUAAAGGACCCCUCUGCUGUCCAAGCCUCAAAGACAAAGUUAUUGCAAGAUCUUCCUAAAUCAGUCACUGAAUGGGCAGCUGAAGCACAUGGAUGCUGUGAAAUAGCCAAGUUCAUGGGGAUCAUUUCCCGUUUGAACUAUGCUGAAAGACCAAAUUAUGAAGCACUAAAGGAAAUCUUGCUGAGGGGUUUGCAAUCUUCUGGAACUAGCCUCAAUUCACGAAUGAAAUUUUCCGCUGCAGAAGAUGCAUCAAAAAGGCCAACAGUAAUGAAAGCCAGGAAACAACCUCUAGAAAAGAACAAUGUUGAAAAAUGCAUUAUGAAGAAUCAUGAUCAUGGAAAGUCUAAUGGAUUAGAGAAACAGAUUAAUGUCUUAGACAUUAGAAAACCAAAGAAACAACAUCUAGAAAAGAACUAUGUUGGUGCCAAAUCUAACCUGAUGAAGGAUCAUGACCUUGGAAAGUCUAGCAAAUUACACAAACAGACGGAUGACUUAGACAUUACAAGGACAAAGAAAACAUUAAAUGGAGGUCUUCAUCAGAGACUAACAUUAUCCUCAGCUACAGAAAAUGGAAACAAUAUACAAAAUCUACCAGUUAUGCAAGAAUAUUCAAUUUCAUAUGAAGAUGAAAAACAUCACCAAGACAGAGAAAGUGUAUAUCAAUAUGUUUUUGUAAUUUCUAUUCUUUUGUUAAUGAUAUGUCUUACAUUAUAUUAUUUUUAAUAAUGACUCUGUUCCAUUGCUUGAAAUGGUGGUUGUCUAUUAAACAGCUGUUUUAUUAUUUCUUGGUUGACAUCUUCAGUGUAAUAGGCUGGAAAAGAAAACAAUGAACUUUUUUUUAUUAAAUUCAUACGAAACCAUGUCACAUUUUCAAAGUU